CUAAUUUUCACCCUCUUCCCCAAAACCCUAGCCAUUGUCUUCCUCACUCUCCCCCUCCCCGUGUGCCGUCGCAAUGGCCACAGCCGCCGCACGCCCUCUCGUUUCCGUUCAAGCCCUAGAGAAUGACAUGGCCACCGACGGAGCAAGCGCCACCAACUCCGUCGCUCUCCCCGGCGUCAUGAAGGCUCCGAUUCGCCCCGACGUCGUAACCUUCGUUCACUCCAACAUUUCCCGGAACUCCCGUCAGCCGUACGCGGUGUCGAAGCGCGCCGGCCACCAGACCUCCGCCGAGUCCUGGGGAACUGGUCGCGCUGUGUCCCGUAUCCCCCGUGUUCCAGGCGGCGGAACUCACCGUGCCGGCCAGGGAGCGUUCGGAAACAUGUGCCGUGGUGGAAGGAUGUUCGCUCCCACUAAGAUCUGGCGCCGCUGGCACCGGAAGAUCCCGGUGAAUCAGAAGCGCUACGCCGUCGCCUCCGCCAUCGCCGCCACCGCGGUUCCUUCCCUUGUCCUUGCUCGCGGCCACCGAAUCGAAUCGGUCCCUGAAAUCCCCCUCGUGGUCUCCGAUUCCGCCGAGGGAAUUGAGAAGACAUCCAACGCCAUCAAGGCUCUCAAGCAAAUCGGAGCGUUCCCUGACGCCGAGAAAGCUAAGGACAGCCAAGCAAUCCGCGCUGGCAAAGGUAAGAUGCGUAACCGCCGCUACAUUUCCCGCAAAGGCCCUCUGAUUGUUUACGGAACCGAAGGCGCUAAGCUAGUAAAAGCCUUCCGGAACAUUCCUGGUAUUGACAUUUGCCACGUGGACCGCCUCAACCUCCUGAAGCUCGCUCCAGGAGGCCAUCUCGGCCGCUUCGUUAUCUGGACGAAAUCUGCAUUUGACAAACUGGACGAAGUUUAUGGCUCUUUCGACAAGCCUUCGGAGAAGAAGAAGGGUUACGUCUUGCCUAGGCCUAAGAUGGUUAAUGCUGAUCUUGCUAGGAUCAUCAAUUCUGAUGAGGUGCAGUCUGUUGUGAGACCAAUUAAGAAGGAAGUGAAGAGAGCUACUCUCAAGAAGAAUCCAUUGAAGAACCUGAAUGUGCAUCUCAAGCUUAACCCUUAUGCCAAGACUGCCAGGAGAAUGGCCCUUUUGGCUGAGGCUCAGCGUGUUAAGGCCAAGUCAGAGAAGCUUGCUCAGAAGAGACUACAAAUCACAAAGGAGGAGGCAUCUGCAAUCAGGGCUGCUGGGAAGUCCUGGUACAAGACAAUGAUCUCCGACAGUGACUACACAGAGUUUGAGAACUUCUCAAAGUGGUUGGGAGUGUCUCAGUGAUUCCAUGUUUCUCAGAGAACUUUUACUUUCUAGUGCUGUUUAGUGUUGUUUAUGCAAUUUUGUGAUGAGACAUUAAUGAAACAAAGCAGAAAUGGGGAAUUCUGGAAGGGAAUUGCUUUGCAUUUUUGCCAAGUUUCCCACUUCAUUAUCAAACAGAUUUGGCUUUUAGAAUUUUGUUGUGAAUUGAUAAAUUUUAUAAUUUUGUUUGUUUUCUUUCUUCC